AUGAGCAAGGACAAAAGGCGAACGUAUGGUUCGAGUACGUUGCCUGGAAGCAUUCGUAUCAGAGAGCUGGAAACCAAGGACUAUGGUGCUGUGCAGAGGAUACACGGCAGUUGCAUGAUGGACAAUAUCCCAUAUGCAGUGUCUUACACGAUGCAACAUCGGUACAUCCUCUUUCUAUGGGCGUUUCUCACUUACGCUACGGUGAAUUACCCGGCCAAUGGUCUUCCGGUGGUGAUUCUAAUACUCUGUGGCUGGGGAGUAUUCAUCUUUCUGAACGUUCGUAAAAUAAUAACCCAUGCCACAAUCAUCGAAGCUCGCCGCGUGCUUUUCAGCGAUCUUGUAAAUAUUCUCGAUCAUUACAACAUUACGCAAUCAGAAGCAAUAUCUACAGAUACGAAUGACGACGGAGAUGGUUUGCAUGGACCGGAAUCACUAUCUAGAUUCUGGGUAGCCAUGGACAAAGAUGCUGGGAACAGAGUCGUUGGAUUUGUGGCGGUGAUUGAAAGAGAGGAAGAAACCAAAUUGGCAGUAAUUGACCGCGAACCGAAUGUCCUUUAUUUAUGUGUACUCUCCGAAUAUAGAGGUCGUGGUAUUGCGACGGCAUUGUUGGACCAUGCCGCCCGAGAUAUGUGUAAGCGAGGUGUGAAGUGGAUAUCAUGUGUAGUGACUACGUGGCAAUAUCCUGCGUUGAACAUAUUUUACAAGUUUGGUUUUCGGGAAGUUGCACGUGCAACAGUGUUUUAUGGAUUUGCUGAGCAUGUGGAGAUGAGAUUGGAUAUCGAAGAGUGGGAUCGGUGUCGUAAGGCAAGAAGAAGAAAAAUAGAUGAAUGA